AUGAGUGAUAACAAACCAUAUGUAUAUAUAAAACCUUUAGGAAAGGUUCCUGCUAUCGAAACAGUUGAAAAAAAUGCCACUACAAAAAAAAAGAGGAAGAAGGGUGUUAAAGGAGGGAAGCUAAGAGAUGAGAGGGAUGAGAAAGAUGAGAGGGACAAGAGAGAUGAGAGGGACGAGAGGGAUGAGAGGGACGAGAGGGACGAGAAGAACGAGAGGGAUGAGAGGAACGAAGUAGAAGAGAGGAACGAGGUGAAAAAUGCCAAUUCCAAAAUCGCUGAAAUCGCCGAUGCCGAAAUUGCCAAAAUUACU